GAAGGAAAGGAUCGGGGGGCAAGAAGGCGGGACGGCAGAGGCACAGGCUCUGAGGCAAGGGACGCCGAGCCACGUGCGGAGCUCUCGACCCAGAGGAGUUACGUGACGCACGGAAUCGCCAACGCCGGAUGAGGGCGCAGAGGCGAGAGCUGAAGCAUUUCCGCCCUCACUAGCGCUCCUGGGAGGGAAGGGGCGGAGCCGAAGAAGCCACUUCCGCCCGGCUCUGGUAGGGAAGAGCGCGGACUGUUCUCGCGAGAGCCGCGGUGGGCGGAACUAGCGCGUCUCGCGAGGUUUUCCUCCCCUCUUGUGCGGCCGGGAAGCCCCGUUUCUCCCUUUCCCCUGGCUGGCCUCGCGGAGCCCGCACGAUGCCCGGAGUCACGGUGAAGGACGUGAACCAGCAGGAGUUCGUCCGGGCCCUGGCCGCCUUCCUGAAAAAGUCAGGGAAGCUGAAAGUCCCCGAAUGGGUGGACACGGUCAAGUUGGCCAAACACAAGGAGCUGGCGCCCUAUGACGAGAACUGGUUCUACACCCGGGCUGCCUCCACCGCCAGACACCUGUACCUCCGAGGGGGCGCCGGCGUGGGAUCCAUGACCAAGAUCUACGGGGGGCGUCAGCGCAACGGGGUCAUGCCCAGCCACUUCAGCCGAGGCUCCAAGAGCGUGGCGAGGAGGGUCCUGCAGGCCUUGGAGGGCCUCAAGAUGGUGGAAAAGGACCAGGAUGGGGGCCGGAAGCUGACACCUCAGGGACAGAGAGACCUGGACAGAAUCGCCGGACAGGUGGCAGCUGCCAACAAGAAACAUUAGGACAAACCACACCAGAGUCAUUAAUAAAUUGCCUUGUUCGUAA